AUGGGUCCCUCUCAUCUUGUCCGUGCCCCUCGGCCCCGGGGUCUGAGUUCUCCCUACCGCAGACCAGGUAUGGGCCGGCGCCGGUCCCGGUUCCCUAGGAUGUUCAAAUGCAGUCGCAGAAGGUAUCAGCAUAAAAACCAAAGCACAGCUGCCACCACUGCAGCCACCAAUCUUGCUACCAUGUCUGAUAUCAAUACCAACACCCACACUGCCACUGCCAGUGUGUGGAUUCUCCCACCGCGAGCUCUUCCGCCAAAGCCUCUUAAGCCAAUGACUUCCGCAGUUACAAAUGGAAUGAAGGACAGUUCUGCUUCCACCCUUCAGGAUGCAGAAUGGUACUGGGGGGAUAUUUCAAGGGAGGAAGUAAAUGACAAAUUACGGGACAUGCCAGAUGGUACCUUCUUGGUUCGAGAUGCCUCAACAAAAAUGCAGGGAGAUUAUACUUUAACUUUGCGGAAGGGAGGCAAUAAUAAGUUAAUAAAGAUCUAUCAUCGGGAUGGUAAAUAUGGCUUUUCUGAUCCUCUGACAUUUAAUUCUGUGGUGGAGCUCAUUAACCACUAUCAUCAUGAAUCUCUUGCUCAGUACAAUCCCAAACUUGAUGUGAAGUUGAUGUAUCCAGUAUCCAGAUACCAACAGGAUCAGUUGGUAAAAGAAGAUAACAUUGAUGCAGUAGGUAAAAAAUUGCAAGAAUACCAUUCUCAGUAUCAAGAAAAGAGUAAAGAGUAUGACAGGCUUUAUGAGGAAUAUACCAGGACAUCCCAGGAAAUACAGAUGAAGAGGACUGCAAUUGAAGCAUUUAAUGAAACAAUUAAAAUAUUUGAAGAACAGUGUCACACACAAGAACAACAUAGCAAAGAAUAUAUUGAGCGAUUUCGCAGAGAGGGGAAUGAAAAGGAGAUUGAACGAAUUAUGAUGAACUAUGACAAAUUGAAAUCACGUCUGGGUGAGAUUCAUGAUAGCAAAAUGCGUCUAGAGCAGGAUUUGAAGAAACAAGCUUUGGACAACCGGGAGAUAGAUAAAAAAAUGAAUAGUAUCAAACCUGACCUGAUCCAGUUGCGCAAGAUCCGAGAUCAGCACCUUGUAUGGCUCAAUCACAAAGGAGUGAGACAGAAGCGUCUGAAUACCUGGCUGGGAAUCAAGAAUGAGGAUGCUGAUGAGACUUACUUUAUAAAUGAGGAAGAUGAAAACCUGCCCCAUUAUGAUGAGAAAACCUGGUUUGUUGAGGAUAUCAAUAGAAUACAAGCAGAGGACUUGCUUUAUGGAAAACCUGAUGGUGCAUUCUUAAUUCGAGAGAGUAGCAAGAAGGGAUGCUAUGCUUGCUCUGUGGUUGCCGAUGGAGAAGUGAAGCACUGUGUGAUCUACAGCACUGCUCGGGGCUUUGGCUUUGCAGAGCCUUACAACUUGUACAGCUCACUGAAGGAGUUGGUGCUCCAUUACCAGCAGAUAUCCCUUGUUCAGCACAAUGACUCCCUCAACGUCAGGCUUACCUACCCUGUCCACGCACAGAUGCCCUCGUUCUGCAGAUAA